CCUACCACAACCUUGCCCAGCCAGCUGAGCUACGCACCCACCCGGUACCGGCGGAUCAAUAGGCUUUCAGUCUUCCGCAAGUGCCAGAUCGUCAGUGUGAUAAGCGAAUCAAACGUUGCGUGCACUUUUAUCAGGUAACGGUCAGUUUGCGUGGAGUGUCGGAGAGUAUACCUCAACUCAACCCGGCCGGCACAUUCAGCAUUCAGUCUCAGUUUCGCUGUCGCAUUAGCAUUGAGUGGCGAGCCAUGGUUGUGGCAUUGAGACCCAUCUUCAAUAUUGCAUCUCGGCUACUGUCAACAGCUGGGCGUCCAACUCGUGUGCUUGCUGCAAUGGAGAAAGAGCAGAUUAGCCCUGAUGUCGUUGACAAGACCCCUUCAGAAAUAGCAAAGGUUUCCUACCCGUCUGGAGCAUCUGUUGACUUGGGAAAUGAACUCACACCCACUCAGGUUAAAGACAUUCCUACCGUGUCAUGGAACUCUGAUCCUGCUGCCUUUUACACUCUGUGCAUGACUGAUCCUGAUGCUCCCAGUCGUAAAGAGCCCACAUACCGUGAGUGGCAUCAUUGGCUGGUGGGUAACAUUCCGGGUGCUGAUGUGAACAAGGGUGAGACCCUAUCUGAGUAUGUGGGUUCUGGUCCCCCACAGGGUACUGGUCUGCACAGGUAUGUCUUCUUGGUUUACAAACAAUCUGGCAAGCUAUCAUUUGAUGAAAAGAGACUUACCAACAGGUCUGGGGACAAUAGAGGAUGCUUUGCCAUUCGAAAAUUUGCAGCUAAGUACAAUCUGGGUGACCCUGUAGCUGGCAACUUUUAUCAAGCACAGUGGGAUGACUAUGUGCCCAAGUUGUACGAACAGCUUGAAGGAAAGUAAUUGAAGUCUUCCUAUAUAUUUUAAUGUCUUCCGAAAUGUGAUUGUAGAGGAGGCAAUUUGUUUCAGUUUUUAAAAUAUCUAUCUUUAUUUUUCACAUUUAACAACCCAAUUCAGAAUAAAAAUCAGAUUGUAAUACAUA